AUGUUCGACCCUGUUGCCUCCAACAUCGACCUCCAGCGCUUGAUAGCAUCCACGGCGCCUUCGCCCGUGCCUGACUGUCACGAACCCACCCGCCCAGCGGCAGCAGCAGCACCGGCACCGGCAGCAGCAGCAGUCCAGCCCGCAGACAUUCCGCCGAGCGCUCUGCCCAGAAAUUCUUCUGCGUCGAGGGCUGGGACGGAAGUCAACGGGGGCCGGGAACGGGUCUUGGAGGGGGAAGGCUCGGAUGGAGAUGGGGAUAGUCUCGACCGAGGGAAUGAGAUCCUGCACAGUGCCAGCAGGAAGAGAAAAGUUAGGGAUGACGAGACGGCUGUUCCGGUUGCGGAGAGCAACGAUGGUAGAACCAGGGCUAGGACACAACAACAAUCCCAGUCUCCUCGACCUCGAGAAAAAAAUGAAGAUGAAGAUGAAGGUUCACAGCGAGCCCGCAAAAGGCAAAAAAGAACAGGCGACAGCACAAACAGGUGCACCCCCACGGAACACAACUCCUCCACCCUUUUUCCUAAUCUUCGUCCGGCGCCCGCAUCUGUGUCUGUGUCUGUGUCACCCGGACCUCAGCAGCAGCAGCAGCAGCAGCAGCCAAGAAGGCCCGCUUCUACUUCCGCUUCCGCUUCUGCUUCUGCAUAUGGUGCCGCUUCUGUUCCUGCGUCUGUUCCCGCUUCCGCUUCUGUUCCUACUUCUGCUCCUGGGGCUAGGGCCGGACCAAGCACGAGAGGGAAAGAAGGAAAGCGAGCAGGAGAAACUUCGAAUGCGCAGAAGAACAAGAAGAGAAAGAAGCGCUCUUGA